UUUGACGCUUUUCAGGAGAGCUGAAGGCAGUUUCUGUAGCAGAGCAGCAAUGGCUCGUACUAAGCAGACGGCUCGCAAGUCUACCGGCGGGAAAGCGCCCCGCAAGCAGCUGGCCACCAAAGCCGCCCGGAAGAGCGCUCCAGCCACCGGCGGAGUGAAGAAGCCCCACCGCUACCGCCCGGGGACAGUGGCCCUGAGGGAGAUUCGGCGCUACCAGAAGUCGACGGAGCUGUUGAUCCGGAAGCUGCCCUUCCAGCGCCUGGUGCGGGAGAUCGCGCAGGACUUCAAGACUGACCUACGCUUCCAGAGCUCUGCGGUGAUGGCGCUGCAGGAGGCGAGCGAGGCUUACUUGGUGGGGCUCUUCGAGGACACCAACCUCUGCGCCAUCCACGCCAAGAGGGUGACCAUCAUGCCCAAGGACAUCCAGCUGGCCAGGCGCAUCCGAGUGUAUGGCUUCACAAAGGAAGGAGACAUGCUGAAACAUCUGCUUUGA